CGGAUGCACUGAGCAUGUGGUGCUCUAACCUAAGAUAAACAGUUCGAAUACCUUGUACAGAAAUCGUGUAAAUUGUAUAUCAAUUAUUAUAGGUCACAUUUUUCUCCUGUAAUUAAAUGUAAUGUCAUUUUAUUCUAUUUCAUUAAAGCAUAGCAAUAAUUAGAAAGAAUAUAUUUCAUUAGAGAACAGAAGCUAAUAAAAGAAUGGGUAAACUAGCUUUUGACCGAAGGAAUGAUAGGAAAAAAUUAUCUUGGGUGUAUCGAAAGAAAGCAAAAUUGAGGAGGAAGGAAAGAGCUGAAAAUUCAGAGGCAAACAAGAUUGACAAUGCAAAUGAAAAUGGUCAAAACUCCCGAAUAAUCGUGAGAAAUUUAUCAUUCAAGGUAACAGAGAAAGAUGUGCGAAAGUUUUAUCAGCCGUUUGGCGAAAUCACAGAAAUCAACCUUCUAAAGCGUCCAGAUGGAAGUUUAGUUGGAUGUGGUUUUAUACGUUUCAGACAUGUGGAGGAUGCAUCAAAAGCAAUCUUUAACACCAACAAAAAAGAGCUUCUUGGACGAACUAUAUACAGCAAUUGGGCUAUAUCAAAAUCCAGAUUUUGUGAGAAACUUGAGAAAGGUCUUGCCGAUGAUCAACAAACUAAUAAAAAUUAUGGGUAUCGUUCUUCUCAAGACACUCAGGAAGAAGAUACUCAAGGUACUCACAAAGAACACGACGAACAUGAAAACGAUGAGGAACAAGGCAGCAGUAAGACACAUCAGAAAAGAAUUAUGAAAGAGAAGGACAUUGUGAGAAAGCAAAGGAGAAGGAAGAUCCUAAAAAAAAUGAAACAGAAAAAACGUGCUAAGAUCGUGAUACGAAAUUUAGCUUUCAAGAUUACAGAGGAUAAUUUAAAAGAACAUUUUUCACAAUAUGGUGAGAUAGAAGAAAUAAAGAUUUUAACCAAACCCGAUGGUAAACCGACUGGAGUUGCAUUUCUGCAAUUUAAUCUUGUACAAAGUGCUGCUAAGGCCAUACAUCAUGCAAAUAUGAAGCCGCUUUUGGACAGAGCCAUGGUGGUUGACUGGGCUGUACCGAAAAAUAAAUUUUCUCAGAAUGGUGCAGAUGUGAAAUCUGAAAUGAAAACCGAAUCUAUUGAUGAAAAUGAACAUUAUAUCUCAGAAGUAAAAAUCGACAACGAUGAGAUUGAAAGUGAUUUGGAUGCUGAAGCAGACAGCAAAGAGGUUACAAUGGAAAGUAGAAAAGCGGAUGAUGAAUCUGAUGACGAGGAGGCAGAAAUUAAAGAUGAAUCUGAAGAUACUGACAAUGAUGAAAGUAAAAAUAAUGGUGAGGAUGAGAAGGAUGAUGAACCUGAUGAAGAGGAGGUAGAAAUUAAAGAUGAAUCUGAAGAUACUGACAAUGAUGAAAGAAAUAAUGAUGAUGAGGCUAAUGAUGAUGAUGAUGAUGAUGAUGAUGAUGAUGAUGAUAAGGACAAUAUUAAUAUUACAAUUAAUCAAUCUAUUAAAGAAGAAAAAGAUGAAUACAAUCGUUCCAAUACAAAACAUCCACGACGAAUAUCUAACGAUGUCAGCGAAGGAAAAACGGUUUUCUUAAAAAAUCUACCAUUCUCAGUAAAAAAUGACGAACUCAAAGAGUACAUGAAGCAAUUCGGACCCGUUGAUUACGCUCUCGUAUGCAUCGAUCCCUUGACGGAAUAUUCCAGAGGUACCGCAUUUGUUAAAUUUCAGCAUGUUCAAGACGCCGAGAAGUGUUUAGCUAGCAAUGAAUUACGUUUGCGUGAUCAAAUAAUCGAGGUGCAUCGAGCAUUACAUAGGAAUGAAGUUUUAAAUAAGAAAAGUUUGAAAGAGCAAAGAAUUAAAGAUACCAGAAAUUUGUAUCUCAUCAAGGAAGGAGUUGUGUUAGCUGGAAGUCCAGCCGCGGUAAGCGUAUCGGUAUCCGACAUGGAAAAACGUCUGAAAUUGGAACAAUGGAAAUCACAGAUGUUGCGUAAUUUAAAUAUGUUCGUGUCGAGGGUACGGCUCGCCGUUCAUAAUUUACCUCCCGACUUAGAUGACGCGAAACUUAGACAAAUAUGUAAAAAUCACAGCGGUCCCAAAGCUGUAAUUAAGGAGGCGCGAGUUAUGCGUGACUUGAAAAAUGUAGAUGCAACUGGAAAAGGAAAGUCAAAAGAAUAUGGAUUCGUUGCUUUCACGACUCACGAGGAUGCAUUGAAGGCUUUGAGAAGUUUAAAUAACAACCCGAAUAUAUUUUCCAAAACCAGAAGGCCUAUACUUGGAUUCUCGAUCGAAAAUCGUAUUUUAGUAAAUGCAAAAGAAAGAAGAAUUCAAAAAAGUCGUGAUCGUAAUCCUUUGUGGUCUGGAAAUAACAAUAAAAGGAAACGCGAAGACGCUAAAGAAGAAAAAGUACCAAUCAAACGGCUUAAAGCUAGAAAAUCAGAUAAUUCGGAUGAAAAGCCGUACGCUGGCAUUACUGGUAAUUUGGGUCAGGAUAGAUUGAGAUCAAAUUACAAUCUUAAGUCGCAAGCUCAGUUACAUAUGCAGACGGUGAAGAAACAGAAAAAAGUAAAUAAAAUGACUAAAGAACUAAAAACUCUGAAAAAGGAGAAGGCAAAGAGAAGACAGGAAAACAUGCCAGUGAAGCAGAAGAAAAAGUUUGAUGAAGAUGACGCAAACUUCAAUAAACUCCUAAAUAAUUAUAGAAGUAAAUUGAAAGGAAUUAACUUGAAGAAAUCGAAAUGGUACGAAUCAACAAGUCAAUCUUAAUAUCUAUCUAAAUAUCUAAAUAAUUAAUAUUUAUAAGAUGUAAGGAUAUUCCGCAAAAUAUUUGCAAUAUCCAUUUAGUAUGUACUGUUACUUCUGUAACAUAUGAAUUAAAAAAGUAAGUUUAUAAUCAAAA